AUGUCACCUGGAAGUGGAGAUCACAACACUGGAGAUCGCAACACUGGAGAUCACAACACUGGAAAUCACAACACUGGAGAUCACAACACUGGAGAUCACAACACUGGAGAUCACAACACUGGAGAUCACAACACUGGAGAUCACAACACUGGAGAUCACAACACUGGAGAUCACAACACUGGAGAUCACAACACUGGAGAUCACAACACUGGAGAUCACAACACUGGAGAUCACAACACUGGAGAUCACAACACUAGAGAUCACAACACUGGAACAGCAGACCUCCGUGCGGCAACUGUAGACCCCGGAUUUCCUAGGAAUGCCAGCACUAAUGAUCCUGAAGUAAAGAAAGCAGCGAGGAUAACGGUCUAUGCCUUUAAUAACAUGUCCAAUGAUAUCUAUCUAUCCAAAGAGUUAGAGAUACAGAAAGCCAUGAUACAGGUUGUGAAAGGCAUAAAAUAUAUGUUAAGAACAAAGUUGGCAAGAACAGUCUGUAAGAAGAACACAAAUUAUAUCUUGGAUGAAUGUGACUUCCAGAAAGAGCCAUUGAAAAGAGUUUUCACAUGUUAUUCUGAGGUAUGGAAGAUCAGCUGGAUGCACUACGAGAAUGUGUCCGUACUAGAGUGCAAGCAGGAUCCAGCGACACAACGAAUCCAAGACAACAGCCGCUUCCUGUAAUACUGACGGACUAUUCCGAAGUGGAGAAAUAAACAAACAAAACGUCAAAGAUUGUAAAUAAAUAUUGGUAAAAAGAGGGCCCAUCCACAUGAACCUAGACUUAGAUUAUAUGAUGUAUUUUAGAUAAGAAAUGAAAAACACCUGCAUUGUCAGCAUAGAAGCCAAUAUCACAGACAACUCAGUGUAUUUGUCCUUAGAAUGUUUUCUUUUUUAUGGUGAUUAAAUACAAUAUUUGAACAUACAAUAUAUGCAUAAGUCCCACCAGAACAUGUAGCCACAUGCAAAUCAAAUUGAAAUGUGUGCAGAAAACAGUCUGAUAAAAAGGGGGGGAAAAAAAAACUUACAGAAUAGUCCCCCCCCACCCCCCUCCUUGGAUGAACUUGAUGGACAUAUCUUUUUUUCAACCAUACUAUAUAACUUUCACUCACCACCCCUAGCACUUUGAUUGCAACUCUUCUGUGGUCCCAUGGCUGAUCUCUGUACACUUGGCCUCCACUCAAUGCACAAAAUGUUCCGAACGCUGAGGCAGUAAAGUACACCUUUAAGGAUGUGGGUUGUUUUUUACUUUGCAGAUCCGCUGCAGAAUACGCAACAGUUGGUUUUGACUUUGACUUCCUCAUUGAACUCGGUGGAGAAAAUCUGCAAUAAGUCCUUGCUCUUUCUGCAACAUAAAUUGACAUGCCACAAAUAAAAAAAAUUCUGGGCCAUAAGUCAGUGUAAACACAAAAAAUUUGUUCAGCAUGGGGAUAUUUGUUAACAUUAAAGUAGAGCCCGGCACUCGCCAAAUCUGCUCGAAGAAGUAGAAGGUUUAUUUACAUCACAAGGUAAUAAACCGGACGCGUUUCGGCACAAAGCCUUCCUCUGUAGUGUGGGUUAUAUGCCUUGUAAAAAUUAUUAGUUGUCUUUGUAUCAGACAUCUGACAUCUCCAGUUAUUACAAAUGGCCCAGUUGUCCUUAUGAUGACAUUUACCGGGAUUCUAUGCACUGCACUGCAUACAAUAGGCCACACUAGAAAUACUAUAUUCUUGCAAUAUAUACUAACCACACAGUUGUUACACUUGUUAUCACAGCCCUGUUAUAACACUGGCCUGACCCAAAAAGAAGUGUUGUGCUAAAGGGAAACACAUUUAAAAAAAAGUCUUCCGAUAUGUCAAAGAUCAUGUAGAUUACAUUAGUAAAGUCUAUGAUUCUAUAUGACAGCUGUUUUUCACAACAACAGAACUCUACAGAGGGCAUUAAAAAGGGGUUUUCCAAACCCUUACAAUUCCUAAAUGAAUCUUUUCAAGGCACUUGGGAUGGUCAAGGAUAAGAAAAACAUGGCUGCUUGCUAUAUCGGUUUAUAGGUUGUGUGUGGUUGAUGGUGAAACCCAUUUACUUAACUGGAGCUGAGCUGCAAUAGCAUGCACAACUGAAAGUCAAAUGGUUAUAAAAACCCUAUAGUCUUGUGGACCAUUAUAUUAAUGUUCAGCUUUUAUUUUAACCCCUUCAUGACCCGGGGUUUUUCUGUUUUUUGCACUUUUGUUUUUUCCUCCUUACCUUUAAAAAAUCAUAACUCUUUCAAUUUUGCACCUAUAAAUCCAAAUAAUGGCUUAUUUUUUGUGCCACCAAUUCUACUUUGUAAUGGCAUCAGUCAUUUUACCCAAACAUCUAUGACGAAAUGGAAAAAAAAUUCAUUGUGUGCCAAAAUUAAAGAAAAAACACAAUUUUGUACGUUUUGGGGGCUUCCGUUUCUACACAGUACAUUUUUCGGUAAAAAUUACACCUUUAUCUUUAUUCUGUAGGUUCAUACGAUUAAAAUG